AUGUUCGGUCUGCUCAGUUCCGGCGUACCGGAUACGCCCAUUGUGACGAGAGUCGGGGGGUCCGAAGGGGCUGGCUCGGGCAGUGGAGGUGGCGGCGGCGGAAGAGGUGGCGGCCGUCGCAGUGUCGGUGGCGGCUCGGGCAAUGUCAGCGGCGCCGGCUCCGGUGGUGGCGGUUCAGGCAGCGGCUCAAUGGAAGCCGGAAACAGACGGGGUGUCCACUACACCACAGCGGAGUCCAUUGCAGUGGCGAGGGCGUGGGAUGCCGCCACAUCCGACCCCAUAGUGGGCACCGAUCAGACCGAGGUGAGCUUCUGGAAGCGCGUCCUGUUGGCGUACAACGAUUUCAAACCUCGCGGAGCCAGAGAGCGUGACGCGGAACAGCUCCGCAAGAAGUGGUCUAGGAUUCUGCUGGCCACCAGGCGGUUCGUGGGCAUAUACCAAAACAACCUGCUCCACGCGGAGAGUGGCCGAAGCGAAGCUGACGUGAAGGCACUGUCGAUGGGCCAAUACAACACGGAGGGCUGA